CUUUUAUUUUGAACGGCUCGUUGUGGAGUUCCGGAUGUACUGCUGCUAGCUGCUAGCUCUGCUUCUAGUCACGAGGAUAUUCUGGUAAGGAAAAAUCUAUAUUAUUCCGUUUGUGUUAGUGAUAUUUAAAGGUUGUGUUGAUGUAGAUGUGAACAUUUGGUGAGUUGCAGUUAUUGCGUCGCACGUCCUGCAUUCAGAGAGCAAAAAAGGAAUUAGGUCAGUCUUUAGAGUAAGGUUUCAUUGGAGACAGCAGUGUAAUGUAAACCUUGCACUGCCUGCUGUCUUUUUCUCAGUGUCCUUCUUUCUCUGUUUUAUGUAUGCAUUUUAAUUUUUUUACAUGGUAACUGUUUAUCGUUUUUACCUAAAUAAUGGCUUUAACGUUAGAAAAUUCACUUCUUCUUAAUUUGCAAAUGUGCGUAAGUGUGGUUUACUUACGGUUUGUUGAAUGCAAAGGCUUGUUUUGGCACAGCUGGUAUAACCGGUGUUAUCACUGUGACGAAAACAAAAUUUCUUCAUCUUUGAAAUUUACUAGUCUGUACAGGUGUAUCUCUCUUUAUUAAACUUUUUUUAUUUUUAUUUUUUUAAAGCAUUUCAAAAAGGAAAACUAAUAUAUGGAUUUAUAUGGAGGACAGACCCUGCCAAAAUUAUCAAAAAAGUAAAAAUGCCAUAAAAAAUUACUUGAUAAUGUAAUUAAUGUGCUCAAUAGUGUAUAAGAAAUAAGAACUUUUCCAUUUUUUGUGAUUAUACAGUAACAUAAAUUGAUAUUUGCAUAUCAUUUUCAACAGUAUUAGUUUAACAUAUUACUUUUUUAUUUUAUCUUUAAUCUGUCAAUUCUAGUUUUAUUAGUUUUUAAUUUUUUAAAUUUCAUUACUUGUUUUUUCUAAUUUUUUCAUAUUCGCAUGUGACUUUUAUGUUAUACAUUAAUUUUCUCCUGUCGAUUUUUCCUCUAGCCAUUUAAUUUUUUGCCUCCUGUUUUCUCAUUAGUCUGUUUAUUUACAGAUUUAUUUCUAUUUUCUUUGUGUUCUCUUUUGUUUUUCUCUUCUGACUCUUUAGAUGCAAAAUAACAGUAGGAGAAGGAGGCUGCAGGGGGUCCUGGGGACUGCCAUGUUGCCAGUCGUGGUGGUCCAUGGGGGGGCGGGUCACAUCCCCAAAGAGCGCUCAGACCUGUCCACCUCAGGAGUGUGCUCUGCAGUGAGGUCAGCGUAUGCACUCCUGCAGGGAGGGGGCAGCAGUUUGGAUGCUGUGGUGGAGGCUGUUCUGCUACUGGAGAAUAAUCCAUCUUUUAAUGCAGGAUGUGGUUCAGUGCUGAAUAUGAAGGGGGAGGUGGAGAUGGAUGCCCUCGUAAUGGACGGGAAAACUCUGAGCAGCGGCGCCGUGUCUGCCGUCCGCAACGUAGCCAACCCAAUCCAGCUGGCCAGACUUGUCAUGGACAAGACCAGCCAUGCCUUUCUGACGGCGGAGGGUGCCAGUCAGUUUGCUCGCUCUAUGGGCGUUCCCGAGGUUCCUCAGGAGUCCCUCAUCACAGAGUAUUCCCGAAUGCGCUGGAAAAAAAAACUGGCCCCAGAUGCCAACCCUGUGGAGUGUCAAAUGGGGAAGAUGGGGACGGUUGGAGCGGUGGCAGUCGACACCGAUGGCAACGUAGCGUGUGCGACUUCCACUGGAGGAAUGCUGAACAAGAUGGAAGGCCGAGUGGGCGACACCCCGUGCAUCGGCAGUGGAGGCUAUGCUGACAAUAUGUCAGGAGCCGUAUCGACUACGGGCCACGGAGAGGCCAUCAUGAAGGUCACGCUGGCGAGACACAUCCUGUUCCACGUGGAGCAAGGCCAGUCAGCUGAGGCUGCCAGUGAUCUGGGUCUGGCCCAUAUGAAGUCCAGAGUCGGGGGACUUGGAGGGGUCGUGACCGUGGACCCGCAGGGCAAUUGGGCCGCUCGCUUCUCCAGCCGCCAAAUGGCGUGGGCCGCGGCGCAGAAAGACACGCUGCACUACGGUCUGUACACGGGAGAACACUUCACCCAAAUCAUCGAGGAUCAUCGAGCCUGACACCAGGCCCAGUUUGUGUCAGUAGAGCUGUAAACUAAGAUAAUACAGCUGAAGGUGGGCUUCAGGUAACCAAAUAAUGAUUGAUUUGGUUUAAUGUUGAUGCUUAAAAUCAAAUAGAAGACAAAAAGAGCAACAAAAUUAAUUAGUUUAGUCAUAAAAAAAACAAUCAACUGUGCACAUAUCUGAGCCAAUCCAAGGAAAAGCAAGAAAUUUCCAGAAACACUAAUGACACUGUGUGAUUCUUUGUAAUAAUCAUUUGAAAAGUCAUUGCAGUGUUUCUGUCGCUAGAGAAACUAGAGCAAAAUGAUCAAAUACACAUCAGAUAUAUAACUCAGUUUUUAAGCUUCUCAGGAAAUACUUCCUGAGAAAUGUUUUACAAUAUUUAAUUUUUUACAAACUACUGGCCAGUUUUAUGAACACUGAACACUUUCUAAUGAUCUGCACAAAGUGUUUUUCUGAUCACAUCAGUACUGGUGAGCAGCAGCUCAUCAUUUGCUGACUGUUGUUGAAGAAAAACCAAACCAAAAAGGUAUUUACUGCAACGUGAGUAAUAUUUUUGUCUUAAUUUAGAUGAUUAUAGUUUACCACAACUGAGUUUCUCAGAUUGAAGUAUUAAAAAGAGCCAAUAAAACCAUUUUUGUCAGAUUGUUGGUGGUACAUCUCACCAACAGACUCAUUUUUCUUCUUGGGCUUUUAAUUUACUGCAAGCCACAAUAAUCCAAGUUAAUAGACAUAAACACCUGAAAUAUAUUGCACUGUCUGUAAUUAAUCUUUAUUAUUUGUAAAUUUCACUUUUUGAACUUAAUCACUCAAAUAAAUUAGUUUUCUGCAAUAUUCUGAUUUAUUGAGAAGCUCUUAUAAGCCAGCAUGUGUUAAUCUGUUAUGUAUUAUUCUGAUGAGUAGUGUUAACCUGUCUGAUCCACUAGGUGGUGCUGUUUCCUCAUGCAGACAAAAUGCAAAACUUGAGAUUUCCUUUUCUUUAACUGAACUACUUCUAGGCUUGCGUUGUGUAAUUGGUUGUAAUUUUUUAAAAUGUUUUAUAGAGCACUUUAUAAUAUUUACUUUAAUUGUGCAAUACCAGCCUUAAUGUAUUUUGUGUCAUUUUCUAUAAUAUUUGUUAUAAUCUGUUUGAUUUGAUAAAGAAUGUCUCGUUCAUAUAUCAAUUCAUUCCUGUGUGCAAUUGCGUUGUGCAAUAAAAACAAUGCAUCUCAAGACUCAAAUCACACAAUAAAUUACUUUAUUGGUCAUUUUCA